CGCUGUGUUUGUUGGUGCGAGCGGAGCGGUGUCACUGGAACCGAGCCGAUCCGAGCCGGGACAGCAGCAGGACUGUGCACCCGAAUCAGAAGAAGAAGAAGAAGAAGAAGAAGAAGAAGUGGCUGUCAGCGUGCACGAGGAUAUUUAAAAUACCUCUUUUGAAAGUCUGAUAUAUUUAUUUGAAUAUUCAAACUGACUUGAGCAUUCAUUUCUCAUGUGAACGUGCGUUAUUGCACGUUUGUGUGCUCGAGCGUGGACCUGUGACACUUGCGAUUGAAGUGCAACCCCAAAAGAGAAGAAUAAGAAGAAAUGGAGAAAGCAAACAGCUUCUCCGCGGACAGAAACAUCCUCUGCUUGUUUGACGUGGACGGCACUUUGACACCACCGAGAGAGAAAAUCGACCCACAGUUGGAUGAGUUUUUCCAGACCCUGCGGAGGAAAGUGAAGAUCGGCAUCGUGGGAGGGUCGGACUACUCCAAGAUAGCCGAGCAGCUCGGGGAGGGGGAUGAUGUGAUACACAAGUUUGACUAUGUGUUUGCUGAGAACGGGACAGUGCAAUACAAAGAUGGGAAACUUCUCUCAAAGCAUGCUAUUCAGAACCAGAUCGGGGAGGAGCUGCUGCAGGACCUGAUCAACUUCUGCCUCAGCUACAUGGGGCUCAUCAAGCUGCCAAAGAAAAGGGGAACGUUCAUCGAGUUUAGGAACGGAAUGCUCAACAUUUCCCCCAUUGGUCGGAGCUGCACGCAGGAGGAGCGAAUCGAAUUCUCUGAAAUUGACAAGAGAGAGAAGAUCAGGGAGAAAUUUGUUGCUGCACUCAAAGAGGAGUUUGCUGGAAAAGGACUACGGUUCACUAAAGGCGGUCUCAUCAGCUUUGACGUGUUUCCAGAAGGCUGGGAUAAGAGACUGUGUUUAGAGCAGCUGGAGAGCGAAGGCCUGGACGCCAUCUACUUCUUUGGCAACGAGACCUCAGACGGAGGAAACGACUAUGAAAUUUUCAAUGACCCGAGGACCAUCGGUUUCACAGUCUACUCUCCAGAGGACACAGUCAGGUUAUGUCGGGAGCUUUUCUUUAACUCUCCGCCACACGAGCCCUGAUGUCCUGAAACGCCCCAGAUCACUUUACCCGCAAACACCUUUGACUCCUUGCCUGUGGUUCUGUGCAAACAGAAACUCGAACCCAGGCUAUUUAUGAACUGCUGAAAGGUACCACUACUGAUUUUCUCUGUAUUAUUGAUAUGAUAACUUUAAAAUCAGAGGACAGCUGUAGGAUGAUUUGACUAUGUUUUUACAAUAAAUCCUGCUGCUCUUUUCUUUUUUAAAAAAGGGACAGAACCGGAUGUUGAUAUAUGUGAAAGUUUUGAGUACUGUGCCAGACGUAAUGCGUGACUGCAGUGUCACAUCACUGCGAUGUGUAGCAUGUAACAUAAAAUUCACCAAAAAACUUAGAGAUUCUAAAAUAACUGCAGUGUUGAAAGUUAUUACUCCAGGUAAUUAGAGUAUAGAAUGAUGUUUUGCACUAAUAUUGGCAUAAUUUCACACCAAUCAUUGGUAUAAGUAUUGAUGAACAUAGCUAUUGGAGACGAUAAGAGUGAGAGAUAUUUUAACAUGUGAGGAAACAUUUAUUUGUUUUGUUUUGUGAGUCCAUUUUGAAAAUGAGAUAUGAAUGAAGCAUUAGAGAAGAUGUGGGUCUUUCUUCCUCUACAGUCGAGGAUAAAUGAGUCAUUCCAGGUAUUUUAAUGUCUCUACAGCACUCUGGGCUGGAUGUGAUUUAUUGUUUAUUUACUGUGUGUUCUAGGGUUGGGCCAGUGCAGAAAAAAAAAUUGAAAAUGGUUUGAUAUUAUUCCAAAAACCGAACAGUAUACCAAAUUUUACCACUAGGUGUCACACUUGACUCAGCAGCUGCUCCUGAGUGAACCAUAAUGAGACUGAUGUCAGGGCCACACUGCCUGUGUGACGGCAACCUCGCUGAACUGCUGCCUCUUGUGGUGUUCACACAGACAGCAUUGCUGCUGCCUGCUGCUAUAACUACUGUAUUUCCACAAUUAAAAGCCGGCACUCAAAAAAAUUUAUAAAGCUGUGCGAACCACUACGUCAUCAAGAACACAGUCCUGCAAAAAAUCUCACUAAGAAAAGCCUUGUCUUAACGAAUGAAGGGAUUCUGUGAACAGAGAUGUUGAGAGGGCUUUUAUUUUGAAAUGAAAACAGGAAGUGUUGAGUUAAAAAUGAAGAUAUAUAUUCCUUCUGUGACAGAUAAAGACUUUAAAACUGUUUUGAAAGGUGGUACGAUGUCAGUAUGAUUAUCAAAAACAGGAGUCCGACUGCUCUAUCUCAGCCCGUUGCUAUGCAGCCCGUUGCUAUGUGUGCUAUAUACGUCAUCGCGCCAGAAGGGCAAGAAAACAUGCGCAGAAAGACCAGAAUGAACUUCAAGAGGAAUGAGUGUGUAUGUGCACACAAAAUUCUUUCAUUCGGAAUGACAAACGGAAUAAACCACCCCCUUUAAUCGGAUUUAAUUUUCAAUCGGAAUGACCGUUUACAUGACCACUUUUAAUCGGAAUGGCCUUUCACUCCGAUUAAAAGUGGAAUUAAACUGUGCAUGUAAACGUACUGACUGUCUGUUUCUGCUGAAAACAGCACGCUUCACAUGGAAAAACAGGCAAGACUCCAAACCUCAAGAUGUAGCAGCAGAGCAGCGCUGCUCACACAGGCAGUGUGGCUGCUCUAACCUGUUAACAUGGGCAUCUAAAAUUAACCAAGGCUCUUUAACGCACAGGUGCUGCUCACAGAGGCAGUGUGGCCCGGGUGUUAGAAAGCCCAUGAAUGAGAGUGAAGCAGCUCCAGUCCACUUGGUGGCAGUAAUGCAUCUCUGAGCUGGUUUGCCAAUCGCCAAUAAACACCUAAAUUACAAAAAUAAAUCAGCAUUUUUAUUGCUCAGCAUUUUAGUUUUCUUUGAGACUAACGCUAGGGCCACACCGCCCGCGGAAGCGCCGCGAAUAGCCUCGAAGCGCCGAGAAGAGAAGGCAGUUUCCUUUCGGCGCCCAUGUUAACCGACUGUGUCGUCCACACUGGCCGCGGCAGGCUCACGAUUUGCAGCGAUCAGUUCGGCGUCUGGUCUAUUUUUUGCGCGAGCCGCGAGGGAAUCUGACAAGCCAGGCAGUGAAAAACAAGAGCUGGGAGCAGAAUCGCUUGUCGACGGCAUGGAGAAAUGCGCGUCUGAUGUGAACGGAGGUGUUCCGGCGCGCGCGAGAAUUUCGGUGCGCUGCGCUUCCGCGGGCAGUGUGGCCCUGGCGUAACUCUGCCAUGUCCCGUCUCGCCACCCCAAAAAACACAUUAACUUUUUGUGAACGUGUGCAGUGCACAUCUACCCCUCUAACACGUCUACGGAAAUUUGGUCUCCCUCAUGUUGCCGGCCUCGGCUCGGCAGCAAAAUCCAGGUAUAUCUGGUGGCCAACCCGCCACACCUCAUUGCCCUCCCACUUCCCAUGGCCGUCCCCUUAUUUAUCUCUGCUAGCAUUUUAGCUAACAUUUUAGCUUGUUGCCUUUGUUGGUUGAGUUGGUUAGGUUUAGACAAGAGGAGUGAGACUGGUUAGGUUUAGGAUAAGAGGCAAAGUAGUGUGGGUCAUGUCUUCGCCUUUCUAGGGAAAAAAAUCACCUCUGCUAGCACCUCGGCUAACAUUAGCUAGCCACAACGGCACUGUUUUUAUAAUACAUCCAUGCACUGCACGACCACAAAACUAUUGGUUUACACUGAAAAGAGAGAUAGAGGGGAGAGAGGAGAUGUGGUGAGACAUGACACAUGGUACAGCACCCUUGGGGGAGGCUCAUGAGGAGGAGGAUGAUGGAGGGCAAUGAGGUGUAGCAUGUCCGCCCUUCCACUAGUGUCCUGUCAGACAGUAGUGGCUCCAUUAAUCUGUUAUUAAAAAAAACAUAAUAUUAUGUUUAUCACAUUGUUGCUGGUGUAGACUACUUUUUAAUUUGGCAGUACUUGUCAUAAUGACAAAUACAGCCAGUUCAGACGGUUUGCAUAAACUCAAACCAGUUUCAGCUUUUACACCGAACUAGACCGGCAAAACCUGAAAUCGACCCAACUCUCAUGUGAGCCCUUAAACACCAAAUGUCUGUUUGAACCUCACAAAGCUGCUGGAAAUGGAAGAAACUUGCUCGUGUUGCUUGUUGUGUGUCUCUUGGUUCUAUAAAUGCAUCAAAGUGAAGACUUAAAAAGUGAACAUUACUGACUCAAUGAAUUCAUCUUCACCAGUGAAUUAAGCUACUGUGACCGAGUCACUCUACAAACAUUUGUCAGUCAAUGUGACAGCGUUUUAUGUAAAAUAUUUUUACGAGCUGUAUCAUGGCCUGCGCGCUGGGUGAUUAUAUGUAUCGAUGCUUACUGCUUGGCUUCCUGUUGCUAACGUUUUUCAGAUUCGUGCUGCUUUCAACAGCUGCUUAAAGUAACUUUUAAAAAAAAAUACUGACGCUGUCCAAGUUAAUGCUCUGUCCUUCUGUCAUGGGUGAGACAAAUAAUGCCUCCAUGAUGGAUUAUUAUGUGAAUAUGAGGCUUUGAUGAGAUGCAUCAGCUGCAGAUAUGUGUUUGACUGUAAACACUCCUUUAACCUCAGCAGGAUCAUGUAGAUGAGACUUUUACGCUCUGCAGAAAAUGAGCUUUUAAUGCAUCACUGACACUAACCGAUUAAAAGAUUGGUCUUGUCGUUUUACAGUCAUUUAUGGAAAAAAAUGUAUUUUGUGUCACUCUAUUGUAAUAAAACGUUUUGAUAUCAUGCCACUGA